AUGGGCCGCCGCAGACGUAGGUCAAGCUCGAGCUCUAAUUCGACUUCAAGUUUUAGCUCGUCCAGCAGUGAGUACAACAAUUAUAAGCGUAGUAAAAAGAGUCGUACACAGAAUGGUGAGAAAAAGUCAGCAAACAGCACUAAUGUUCGGGCAAUAGUUCACAGUGCACCAUCUAGACUGAUAAACUUGCCUCGUAACAUUACGAAAGGAAAUGAGCUUCCAGUUCGCCGAAGAGAACCUACUUCUGGAAUAAUGCUUGCUUCAGAGACACCUACUCAUUCUGAAUCGACAACAACUGCUACAUCAGAUAGAGUAGAACGCCUGGAAGCUCUAGUAGAAAAAUUACUAGAAUACCAAUCACACCAGUCUUCAGUUAAGCAUCGGACAUUUAUCAAAGCUGACUGCAUACCUGAGUUCAUACCUGGGAAUCCAAUUUUAACGUCGUCAAGGUGGAUAGAAAAAAUCGAACAGCUUGGGUGUAUUAAUAAUUGGGACGAGGCCACGAUGAUUUUUCACAUGCAAAGUCGAUUGGCCGGACUGGCUCGUAAAUGGUAUGACAACCUUAAAACAUAUCAGAUGAACUGGUUGGAAUGGAAAGAUCUCGUAGUGAAAACGUUUCCAGACCAUCACGAUUUUGCCAAUACCUUGAAAAGAAUGAUGGAAAGAUACAAACUCAAAUCCGAGUCUUGGGAGUGUUAUUAUUUCGAGAAAAUGGAAUUGCUGGGUGCAUGUGAAAUUUCCGGUAAAAAGGCUGUCUCCUGUUUGAUCGAUGGAAUUCGAGAUCAGAGCAUACAAGCGGGUGCGAGAGCUGGUAGAUACGAAUCUCCGGACGCUCUCUACGCUGAAUAUCUGUCUACUCUUAGGUAUGAGGACUCGCAUGCUCCCUCUAAUUCCAGUGGUCCUACGAAGUACUCAGCAACGUCGAGUCGUAUCAGAGAUGAUAGAAAACAUCGAAAAAAAUCAACAGCCGUAACAAUGCAAAAAUGCUAUAACUGUAAACAAAAAGGUCAUUUCUCUAAUGAAUGUCUCCAACCAAAAGUGGAAUGUUUCAAAUGCAAGCGGCUUGGACAUGUGGCCAAAGACUGUUGA